AGAAACUUCAAAACUCAGAAUCUCAACCACUUGACAUGAGCUUGUCUUCCAUUUUCUGAAAAGCCCAAGAAGUGUCUUAGACAACUCCGCAAUCGCAUGGCUGAUGGUAUCCAUCAAAACUCAUUCCUCACAAACGCUAGCGAUUACACUUUCGGCUCCUGAAUUUAGACAAAGUCAACCAAAUUCUUGGGUUCAAUUCAACGUUGGAGUAAACGAUUUCCACUUCCGUCGACGCCAUGGCAGCUGUCAUGAGGAGAAGGACAAGAAUUGUGUGUAUAUCAGAUACCCACAAUUGCCAGGUCAAGCUCCCAAAGGGUGAUGUUCUCAUUCACGCUGGAGAUUUGACCAACCAGGGGAGUCACGCAGAGCUUGCCAAGACGGUCGCUUGGUUGGAGAAGCAGGACUUUGAGGCCAAAAUCGUUAUCGCUGGAAAUCAUGACCUCACUCUGGAUCCAAAGUUCUACGCUGAGCAUGGCCUGUACUUCCACAACAAGAACCCACAGUCCCAUGACGAGUGUCUACGAUUGUUCACGUCUUCGCCUUCGAUAACGUACCUCUCUCACGAAUCAGCUACCGUCCACCUCAAAUCUCCUUCGGGGCCGCGUACCCAGUUCAAGGUCUUUGGAUCGCCGUACUCUCCACGUUUCGGGUUAUGGGCGUUUUACUAUGAUGCUCCUCAAAAUCCCAGCAAUUGGUCAGAUCUGACGCCGCUUUGGCAGUCUAUACCACUUGAUGCGGAUAUUGUGGUGACACACACGCCUCCAAGGACGCAUUGCGAUGAGACGGAUGAACGUCGAGCUACUGGCUGCGAAGCUCUUCGGCAGGCGCUUUGGCGAGUGAGACCACAGCUUGCUGUCUGUGGCCACAUUCAUGACGGAAGAGGUGCUGAGAGAGUGAUAUGGGAUCUCAGUUGUGGGAAUGUCGCCUAUCAAGAAGAGAGUGUCGUGCGCUGGGAAGAUCCAGGCAAAGGCAAUAACAAAACCUGCCUCAUAGAUCUGACUGGGAAGAAGGCUCCAACUCUUGCCAACGAUGGCUCCCAUCCAGGUCGAUAUGGAUCAAGUAUAGGAGCCCGUGACGUAACGGACCUUCCUCAUUCUGUUGACUCAGCAGGAAGUUCUCCAUACACCUUUGGAUCUGGCCCUGCUGAUGUACACGCCUCUCAUGGUACUAUCGGAUUGGGAGGGGAUCCCGGCUCACCACGAAGCGACCAGGCAGCUCUCGCUGGGAGGAUGGGUCGUCGAGAGACGUGUGUGGUGAACGCAGCGAUUAUGAAGAGUCGAUAUCCCCACAUAGGAGGGAAACAGUUCAACAAGCCCAUCGUAGUAGACCUAGAUCUCCCCAUCUGGGAGGACGAGGGCAAUACCGAAGGCCCGUGAUUCGCUCUUGGCUUACCCUAGACUCAUGGUCUCAUGCUCGUGUUGGUGCCCAACGAACCACGUUGGGAAGAGAGAGAUGGCCUCAAACAAAGACGAAGCGAGAGCUUCUUGAUAAGUUUACAGAUGGUUGUGAGCUACUGAUAUGUUUGCUACGCUGUGACGCACCUUCUGCAUUAUGCUGGAUCGGUAUGCGAUGGAUCGAUGUAGUGGUAUUCGUCGUGAACCAACAUUGGGUAGCUUCGAGUCGUAGUCGGAUCCAACGGAUGAACUGUAAUGCAGUCGUAGUACAUGAACGUGGUACCAAUGAUCAUUCGAGGGGCAGAGGAGUGAGAGCUAAUUAAACCUUCAAUU